AUGAUUCGACAAGACGCGCAUCGAAUUGAUCCCAAACGCAGAGCUACUAUCGACCCUAAAAAGAGACAGUUCGCUACUCCGACCUACAAGCAGCAGGACUACCCGCAUCGUCUGAACAUAUACGACACGCCGCCCACGGCGGAAAUCACCCUUGAGCAGUUCGAACAAUGGGCUAUCGACCGAUUAAAGGUCUUGGCUGAGAUUGAAGCAUGCUCUUACCGGAACAAGUCCCCUGCGGAGACUGAAUCCCACAUCACACCUCUUCUCCAGAAAUUUCUCCCUCUCUCCUCCAAUACUGCCUCCUCGAACGGUGCUGCGGACCCUCGCUUGAGAAAUGAACGCCAAAAGGACCACUACUCACACUUUAUCCUCCGCCUCGCCUUCUCCGCCACGGAGGAUCUCCGCCGACGAUUCGCACGGGCCGAGACAAUGCUUUUCAGAUAUCGCUUCCAGAAAGAUGAUUCACGAGAGAGACGGGCGUUUAUCGAGAGCCUGAAUCUUGAUUGGGAGCCAGUGAGCGAGGAAGAACGGAACCAGGUUGCCGAGAACUUGAUCGGUGCGACUUUGGGAUUGCGGCGUGUGGACGAAGAGACAUGGUAUAAAGUCGAUUGGGAGAAGGUUGCGGAGCUAGUUGAGCGACGAUCUGUGUUCAUGAAGCGGGGCAAGGCCUAUGUUCCUGGUAGGGAGCAGCUUAGCAUGAUAAUGGCCGAAUUCACGGCUCGUCUGGAGCGAUCACUGGAGCUCACAAGCCGAGCGCUGCCGCGUCUGGAUGAGGAUGAUCGUCUGACCCCCAUUUUGAACCACCUUUCCAAGAACUUCGGCAGUGCCGAGUCUGUCUACUCCGAAAGCGAAGGCCAUGUCGACGGCGCAGCAAUCACAGCCAGCUCCAUUGACUCGCUUUCCCAGCACUUCCCACUGUGCAUGCGCAGUUUGCACAUGAACCUGCGGAAGAACAAUCACCUGAAGCACUUCGGACGACUUCAAUACACGCUCUUCCUAAAGGGUAUUGGCCUCUCGCUCGAGGAGUGUAUUCUUUUCUGGCGCCAGUCCUUUAAAGGAAAGACGGAUGACGAGUUCAAUUCGCAGUACAAAUACAACAUCCGUCACGCCUACGGCGAUGUCGGCGGUGAUGUGAACCGUCGUGGUCGUGGAUACCCUCCCUACUCAUGCCAGAAGAUCCUGGGGGACAACAACGUUGGUAUUGGCCAAACCCACGGAUGCCCCUACCGCCAUUACUCCGUCGACAACCUGGUCGGACUGCUCCAGUCCACCGGUGUUCACGACAAGGAAGUACUCCGCGGUGUCCGUGAAGAUGUGGGAAAGCAAAGAUACCACAUUGCGUGCAAUCGGGUCUUCGAAUUCAGCCAUAAGAACGAGAUCAAGAAGGUUAAGGAGGAUGGGACAUGGAGCCAGGCGGAUCUGGACACGAUCGUCCAUCCAAACACCUAUUUCAAGCGCAGCUAUUUGCUGAAGACGCUGGCCAAGGCUCCGCCCCGAGGAGAGGCUUGA